AUGGAGAAGAAGCAGAUGAUGCCUCCUCUACUUGUGACGACCCUGGAUUUUUUCACCCUAGUGUGUCCAGAUAUUUCAUUUAGUGUAGGUAUUUGUGCUAGGUAUCUAGUUGAUCCAAGAGAACAACACGUUCUUGUAGUCAAGUGCAUUAUUCUUUAUGUCAAUAGUUCAUUGAAUUAUGGAUUAUGUUAUUCUUCUAAAUCUAACUCUGAGAUUGCAGGCUAUACUGAUACUGAUUGGGCUGGAAACAAGGAUGAUAGAAAGAGUACUUCAGGUGAUUGUUUCUAUGUUGGUACUAAUCUUGUUUCAUGGUACAGCAAGAAACAAAAUUGUAAAUCUUUAUCAUCUUGUGAGGUUGAAUACAUUGCUACUGGAAGUUGUUGUACACAAUUGCUUUGA